CACAGUGUGAGCUAAUCUAUUGUUGAUUAAACUAUUCUCCGUCUACCCUCAGCCGUUACGCUUCCCUCCUUCCCUCCAUUACAGCAACGAACAUUGAUCUCUAUUUCUUAGUCUCCUUCUCAGCUUCUGAAAGCUUUCGCUCCAUGGUCUCUCUUCUUCCUCCGCUUUUUGAAAUUUUAUAUUUUACUGUUGAUAUAUAACAUUUUCAAGUCAUGAAAUAUCCACAGAGCGUGAACUCUCGCUCAAAGCAACAACCAAAGGGCAAAAGUUGGGCUGAAAACUGUUGUUCGUGCCUACAGCUGUUUUGGCCCAGAGUGGUCAUGCGUAAAUGGCUUAAUAUCUCCGCCAGAGAGUCUGAUUACAGCGCUGACACUGACUCCGACGACGGCGAUAAAGAUUCUGCUUCUAAUACAGAAGAAUUUUGUGAGUGGGGGAGAGAAUCGCGGUUUAGAGGUAAUGGAGGAGAGGAUGCUCAGUUUGAUCCUAGCAAUGAUGCUCUUUCAAGAUUAAGGAGACGGAAAUCAGAAACUUUUAGGACACAGUAUAUAAACACGAAGGAACUCAGAAUAUGCAUUGGUACAUGGAAUGUUGGGGGAAACCUACCGCCUGAUGAUCUAGAUAUUGAUGAUUGGAUUGAUACCUAUGACCCUGCUGACAUCUACGUUUUUGGUAUUCAGGAAAUUGUGCCGUUGAACGCUGGGAAUAUAUUUGGUGCUGAAGAUGACUGUCCAGUUCCAAAGUGGGAAAGCAUUAUUCGUGAUGCACUAAAUAGAAUUCAACCGACAAAAACCAAAGUUAAAUGCUAUAGUGAUCCCCCAUCUCCAUCAAAAUUUAUGCCAUCUGAUGAUGUUCCAGAUAUAGAAGAAGAGAUAUUACUUGAAAGUGUUGGUGAUGUUGGUGAGGAAAUUCAGCCAUUGGAUGAAGCUAAAGAUAGUCCAGAUACAGGUGACAUAGGUAUGAAUUCUGGAGUUACAGUCAAUAAUAGAGGUAAAUUAGGUGUCCCAGUAGAACAGGAUUUACAGAUGCAAGUUUCUUCUCUAAAGAAAUUAAGUAGACUAAAUUGUUUGUGGACAGAAAAUUCUGCUGGAGAUGUAGAUGUACCAGCUGGUCAAAACAAUGGCAAGUUAACCAAAAUGCUUCAUGGCACUGAAAGGAUUAGUUUGAGCUGGCCAGAGCUGCCACUAGACUUGUUAUCUCAGCAUGUUUUACAGAGACCAAGUUCCUUCGAAGUAGUUAAAUCUUUUAAAGCAAGUAAGUCUUUUGGAGCAUAUAGUUCUUUCACGUCAGUCACAAAUAAAAUGCAAUCAGGAUUAGCUUUGCGUGCAGAACUUGACCUUGAUGCUCUCAUGAAACGUAAAAGAAAAUCAUCGUAUGUUAGGAUAGUAAGUAAGCAGAUGGUUGGAAUUUUCCUCACAAUUUGGGUUCGUAGGAGCUUGCGCAAGUAUAUUCAGAACUUGAGAGUGUCUACUGUUGGCGUUGGUGUAAUGGGUUACAUUGGUAACAAGGGAUCAAUAUCAGUCAGUAUGUCUAUAUAUGAGACUCUUUUCUGUUUUAUAUGUACUCACCUGACGUCAGGUGAAAAAGAUGGAGAUGAACUCAAAAGAAAUGCUGAUGUGCAUGAAAUACAUAGGAGAACUCUGUUUCAUACCAAUUCUGGUAUUGGGCUUCCAAAAAGCAUCCUUGAUCAUGAAAGAAUUAUUUUGCUGGGUGAUUUGAACUAUCGGAUCAACUUGUCAUAUGAGAAAACAUGUGAACUAAUCUCCCGAAAGGAGUGGGCCGAGUUAGUGGAGAGGGAUCAGCUUGUAUGGGAACUAAGAAAAGGUCAUGCAUUUGAUGGAUGGACUGAGGGUACAUUAAAUUUUCCACCAACAUAUAAGUAUGAAAUGAAUUCAGACAAAUAUUAUGGAGAGGAUCCUCAGGUUGGGAGGCGUGUUCCAGCAUGGUGUGAUCGCAUCCUUUCUUAUGGAAAGGGAAUGAGGCUUCUCAAUUACAGGAGAACAGAGCUCAAACUUUCUGAUCAUCGACCUGUGACAGCCACAUAUAUGGUUGAGGUUGAGGUUUUCUGUCCUAGGAAGCUACAACGGGCACUCAGAUACACAGAUGCAGAAAUUGAAAAUGAAGAAGUUCUAGAAGAAACCAUUGAUGUUUGAAUGAGCCACUUGAGAUUGGAGCAGGAUAUUUCUCCAUGGGAGCAUUAAUGGAGACUACGUAAUAUAAAGCUUGAAGCAGCCGAGAGCAAGAACCUCGCCAUUCUUUACUAAAUAUAAGCUUUGGAUUACUGUAUAUGAGCAAUAUAUGCCUAUUUUAUGAUGGAUUUUAAUGAUUUUUCCAAGUCUCUUACAAUUGAAUGUAUCCGUUCCAUAUAGAAUUCCUA